CUCCAGCCGCUUGGGCUCAAGCUCGCUUCGCAGGCGCCCCCCUGGUUCCGCCGCAGCGUUUCCGAUGCCGGCGGCGAUGGGAGCCCGCACCGCGGCGCUCGAGGUGGCGCGUGGCGCCCUCCUCGCGGCGCACUCGGUGGCUGGGCUCACAACUGGCUGCCCAGACUUGCGCGAGUCCCUCCGCAUGAUCAGGGCGGCCGAGGGCAUGCUGCGGGCGGCGGUGGCCAUGCUGGUCAGACCCUCCUCUGCGCUUGCCGUGGCGCCCCAGGCGAGGCCCGCUGCUGCUCCUCGGCGGCGGCGGCGGCGGCCCCGUGGCCGCGGCGGCAAGACGGGCGAGGCAGCGAAUGACAAGCAUGGCGACGCCGUUAAAGGCAUGGAGUUGGAGACUGGGGCAGACAGGGAUGCGGAUGCGGGGGCCGCUGCACCGCCUGCGCCGCUGCUGGAGGACGACGCCCGGGCCGACGAGCUGCCGCUGGUGCGGCGGGGCGACGGCCCGCCUUCCAGAACAGCCUCGGGCAAGGGCAAGGACAAAGGCACGGGCAAGUCUGGCGUCAUGAACGAUGUUUGGGCGGAUGUUCUGCCUGUGCGGCCGCCCCCGCGCCGCCCUGGGCUGCCUGGCGCUUUGACGCUUCCUAGUCGUGAGUCGCCUGGAGCCUAGCUCGGCGGCCAGGCGGGGGGCGCCGUGGGGCUCUUGGGAACGUCCGUGACGGCCGAGGACGUCUCGGCGGCGCCGCGGCGCGGCGCUGGGGCGGCAGCUGUCGGUGCGCCUGCGCCUCUUGAUCGAGGUCGGCAUCGAUAAGUCCUUCCUCGAGUUGUUCUGAGCUCGCGAGCUCGCGGGCCGUGACCUUCCGCUGCGGACGUCGUCCCCGGUGCUGCUUCUUCUUCU